UCUUCGUCACCAGCUCUCCAGGCUGCGGCUGCUCUUAAAGCCGCCGUGCUCGGCGCCUCGCCGAGUGUCGAUCAGCGCCGCACCGUUUUCAGUUCAGUUCAGUUCAGGGGAGUCGUUCCGCAGAGCAGCAGGGUGCUUCAAGAUGUUCUUCAGGGCAGCGCAGGAGAUCCUUAGGCAUGGGAAGAGCAAAGCUCUGCCAGCUUUGCCGGGCGUCGCCAACCGCUUCUCCACGUCCGCAGACUCACAGAGGCUGGCGGGGAAGGUGGCCGUCAUCACCGGCGGCGCCAGCGGCAUCGGCGAGGCGACGGCCAGGGAGUUUGUCAAAAACGGCGCCAGGGUCGUCCUCGCCGACGUCCAGGACGACCUGGGCCGCGCGCUGGCCACGGACCUCGGCGCGGACGCGGCGUCCUACACCCGCUGCGACGUCACCGACGAGGCGCAGGUCGCCGCGGCCGUGGACCUGGCCGUCGCGCGCCACGGCAAGCUCGACAUCAUCUUCAACAACGCCGGGGUCGUGGGGUCCCUGGCGCGGCCGCCGCUGGGCGCGCUGGACCUCGACGACUUCGACCGCGUCAUGGCGGUCAACACCCGGGGCGUCAUGGCCGGGGUCAAGCACGCGGCGCGGGUCAUGGUGCCGCGCCGCAGCGGGAGCAUCAUCUGCACGGCGAGCAUCGCCGGCGUGCUCGGCAUGAUCACGCCACACCCCUACAGCGUCUCCAAGUCGGCCGUCGUGGGACUCGUGCGCGCCGUGGCCGGGGAGGUGGCGCGCUCCGGGGUGCGCGUCAACGCCAUCUCGCCCAACUACAUCCCGACGCCGCUGGUCAUGCGCAUCCUGGAGGAGUGGUACCCGGAGAGGAGCGCCGACGAGCACAGGCUCAUCGUCGAGAGGGACAUCAACGAGAUGGAAGGGGUGGUGCUCGAGCCGGAGGACAUUGCCAGGGCGGCGGUGUACCUCGCCUCCGACGAGUCCAAGUACGUCAACGGGCACAACCUCGUCGUCGACGGCGGUUACACGGUCGGGAAGGCGCCCAACAUGCCGGCACCUGCACAGUGAGCAGCAGCAAAUGGACGCGCGGUGUGCGGGCGGCUUCGCGUGUUCUGUUUGGGAAAACUCUGAAUAAGCUCUGUCCUUUUGUUUUCUACUGCAAAAAGCUAUCAUUCGCUACUGUCGGUGCUUCAGCAUUAUAAGCACCUGCUAUCACGCCAAUACGAAUUUAUACUUUGGUGUCA